GAUGACCAUCCAUCUCUUCCUGUACUGACCGUUACAUCCCAUCUUUUGUCCUCCUCUGCCCUUUCUGUCUGCUUGAGUCUCCUUUGGACGUGAGGGCGAGGCUACACUGGUCUUAUCGCCCAUCUUUUAUCCUCUCAUGAUGAACAGCGUGUACGAAGACAUGCCCCCCUUGGUUGACCCCAGUGCGGGCCCUCCCGGUGGUCACAUCCCUCCUCCACCUGGUGCCACGUUCCAACGCGCAUCCAUGCGCGCAUCGCGAGGAGGAGGAGGAGGAGGAGGAUUUGUUCCUCCAGGCUGGAACCAGGGCUUCACUCCAGGCGGCCUCUCCAAUCUGACUUUGGCCUCUCCUAACCAUCCGAUCAACAACUUCUCCUUCUCGGCAGCACCCUCCACGACUCAACCCAACACAUCCGCCUUUCCGACACCUGCCGCAAACCAAGACUUCUUCAGCUUUCAGCAGCACCAGCGCCAGGCGCCACCCAGCCCGUAUAUCCCUAAGAUGACCCAGGAUCCCAUGGACACGCCAAGCGGCGGCUACGUCCCUCCUCGGCGCGCUCAGCCCGUUGGCGAACGCACCCCUCUACACACUGGUCAGCCACUACGUCGAUCGAUGUCAGCGCGAUCAAACAAUGGCACGCCCUGGCAGAACACGCUCCCCGCCAAUAAACACUCACCCGGCAGCGGUCGCAGAUCGAUAUCGAGCAGCAAGACGCCGACCCCUCCUACCACUCUCACUCGCACGCUCUCCAACGGAGGGGUCAUGCAGACCAUGCAGCCCACCGUACCUCGAGAUCCGCCCAUGUCGUGGAGGCGAGACUUCAGGUUCCGCACCGGCUUCGCUUCGCUCUUCCGUAGACGCGAGUCCGCAGCGAGCCUCUACACCAAGGUGGACCUACACCGCGCCCUCAAGUACCACGCCGACGCGAUCUACGAUCUCCGCAGAUACAUCGACAACGUCCGCCUCACCUACCUCGAUCGCGAGCCGCUCUUCCCCGACAUGAUCCAAGCCGCGAGUGAGCCGCCUGUGAACUUCAUGCGAGUAUACAACUCGCGUCUGCCGUGGUACCUCGACGUCCUGCCGACGAGCAACGGCUCCUUUGUCUGCCUCGCCGACGUCUUCAUCGCGCUGCACCAGGCGCUCUCGUACCCGAUCGUGCAGUCUGACUUCUACAACGACGAGCUGGACGAUGCCGAUCGGGAUCUGCUGACGCAGGCUUGGGACGAGCGGUGCGAGACGGACGAGGAGCGGAACGCGGGCGUGCUCAGGGUCGACUUUUUGCGUGGCAAGUACAUGUUCGCGGGCCUCGUGAAGGGACGGAACGGGAUGUGGCAGCUCAAGACGGCUUACCCGUGAAAUGGACACGUUAUCCUGUGGAUAUCAGCAUUCUUUCUCUGCUUUCUAUUUAUUGGCUUUCCACGAUCCCUGUUACGACUCCGACGUCUUGGUCUUUUGAUUCUGUCCUUGUAUACUCUAUGUUCUCUCGUUUGGGUCUUGCGAAUGUAUCAUACCCCAGGAAACUCCAUAUUGCGCUUUCAUCUCCGAUCCCUCUACAUUAACACAACUACCACUCAAACCAGUGCUAUUCUUGACUCCACACGUACAUCAAACCUCAUACUACCACAUAAGCCUCUUGAUUAUUGGUCUGAACCGUCUAUACGUUUUGUAUUCGGUGUACCCCUACAUUCUCCCUACCACCGGGCGGCGAAUCACAGUCUGAGGCCUUCGCGAUUCCACGCUCAUAGAUACAGUACGUCGCACGCAGACAGGCGAGCUUUGGUAGACUUGCC